AUCGGGACCACCCAACUAGAGCGUGGACGACAAGAAGCUGCACUUAAACACUUGUGCGGUCGUGCGACUUCGGAAACUUUUCGAGCUAAUAAGUAACCAGCUACCGCAUCAUGGAACCACAGGUGGAAAGACAAACUUCGAAGGACCAAGGCGGCAAAGCAGCCCCUCAAGCAACUAAGCUCCUUUCUACGAAUCAGCAACAAGCCUCAGGAGACGCAGACUUCUUGAUGUUGAACCGUUCAUGGGCGAAUCGUAAACAUACAUUGGACAACAGGUUGCAAGACAAACUUUGGUGGAAGGCGAUACCUUAUAGCGGGGAUACCCUGGAACGCUGGAGGGCCCAAUCGAUGACAGAUGGUCCAUAUCAAAACAUGGAGUCGAUUAUGACAAAGACGAAGAUCGUCCAAUCCAAGCCUUCUAAUGUCCAGUCGCCGGAACACACAAGGACCGUAAGCGAAGCAGCAGCUACCUCAGGAUCGAAGUAGAUAGGGUCUAAGAACGCGGGAUAUGUAAGAAGAAAAGAAAUUGGAAGCCGAAAAUGUUUUCAACGUGAGACUAUAUUUGAUAUCUCUCAAGUCUAUAAAGCAGGAACAGCAAGCUCUAGUGGUUCUCGUUGGGCUUCCCAGGCCAGCCAGUCUGAUCGUGUGGUU